GGGCAAAGUGAUGUGACAAAAAAAAAAGAGUUAUGUGACGUGGCAUUAAACCUUGAUCCAACGGUUAAGAUUUAUUGACUAGCCGUUGUCGCUAUUUGUGAUUCUGGAGAAAUUAAAUCAUCUGGAGCCAAAGUCUGUGCUCGUAAUAUGGAUAUCGGAAGAAAUCGGUGAAGAAGAAUCAGAGACAGAACCCUAAACCCAGCUGGAAUCGAAGGUUUGUUGUGGUGGUGAAAAAGAAAUCGAGGAAGGGGAAGAAGAAUAGAGCAUAAAGGGAAGAAGGAAGUGCAUGAUCAUCGAUCUAAGCCCAGUCCCGAAAUCGAAGAUUUGUUGUGGUGGCGAGAAAGAAAUUGAGAAAGGGGAAGAAGGAUAGAACGUGUAGGAAAGGGAAGAAGGAAGUGCAUCAAUCAUCGAUCUAAACCCAGCCCCAGAUUCGGCGACAACAAUUUGUUCGACUCGAUUUGAUGGGAUUAUCUUCCGGAAAAAACUAUGAUCUGGCCUUUUCGUGGUACUGCUCGUGAGAAUGUUGCCCAACCUGAGAACUCUGUCGGUUCAAGUAGAACAUCAGAGAGCAAGAUGCUUACCCGAGCUUCCCAAGAAGAGAAGAGUUGCAAAUCAGAGCCUCAAAGCGAUGGAAAAAAAUCAUCUGCUGAUUAUCAUGAUGAUCAUCUCUGGUUAGGAGCCUCUGGUUCACACAACUUUUACCCUGAAUCUGAUCAUAUCUAUCGAGGAUGGAUAAGGGCUUCGGGUUGCUUAUCUUUAUUGAACAGACUUGUGGCUAAGAAAGCUGCUGGUGGGCUAUGGAAUCUCUAUGUCGGAGAAGAGAUUAUCGUCUUCAGCUUAACCUUCGAUACAAUACUGAGGAAGUUCGUGGGAAAAUAAUAGAAAAUACCAAAACCAUCAUCACAACACAAACACGAAUCAUCAUCACAAAAACCAAAAAUUUUAUCACAACACAAACACGAAUCACCAUCACAAAAACCAAAAACUUUAAAAUCACAAAACAAAACAUGAAUCAUCAUCACAAAAAACAAACACAAAUCCCAACAUCAAAAACCAUAAUUAUCUCAAAUAAAAACUUACACAACUAACACGUCACAAAACACCAAAAGCGAAAUCUCAAAACACAAGCUAUUUACCUCUCUCUCUAUCUCUAUGUUUUGUAGAUUAAAAAAAAAAAAAGAAUUUACCAUUCAUUGAGCAUUGUAAUUGUAUUUAUGUUAUAGUAUUUUAUUUGAGUGGUUUCUGUUUUGCAAGUUGUAAUUUUGUUUGCAAUUUUUUUGUAUUCUGUACACUCGAAUUCAAAUUUUUAAUGCUAUAUCUGACAUUAAUUUAACAAAUA